GACUUACCAUCAAAGAACGAUAACUCUCUAUGGCAAUACAAAGGAAGGUUUUGAUUGGUUGAUCGCGGAAAGUGUGCGAGUUUCAAACAAAUUGCAGGUGCUCGAAUGAAGACUUCCGGUUAGCAAGAAUCAUAAUAUAUACCAUUAUAUUAUGUCAAUAAGAAGAUUGUGCCUGUAACAUUCAUGCCAGGCUCCUUCCCGUUGUACACUUAACGCUUCGCUAUCCAAACAAGGACGGAAUCUCCAUGCAAGACAACUUGGACAGUGUAUAAAUUGGGACCAAACCUGCAGAUUCCACUAUGACUUCAUCAUAUUCUGAGCUGCGGGGUUUAUAUCACCUCAGGGAAACCAUUGGCUCAGGGGGAUUUGCAAAAGUGAAGUUAGCUUAUCAUGCCUUGACAGGAGAAAAAGUUGCCAUCAAGAUCAUGGACAAGAAGUCUCUUGGUGAAGACUUACCUCGUGUGAAAACGGAAAUUGAAGCCAUGAAAGUUUUAUGUCACCAGCAUAUAUGUAAACUAUUCCAAGUCAUUGAAACAGACACAAAGUUCUUCAUGGUCUUGGAGUACUGCCCUGAGGGAGAGCUUUUUGACUACAUUGUGUCUAAAGACCGCCUGGAAGAAGAUGAAGCCCGUAUAUUUUUCCGUCAGAUCGUGGCUGCUGUUGGUUACAUUCACAGUCAGGGCUAUGCUCACAGGGACUUAAAACCGGAAAACUUACUUCUGGAUGAGGAUCAAAACCUGAAGUUAAUUGACUUUGGUUUGUGUGCAAAACCAAAGGGAGGUAUGGAGAACCACUUGUAUACCUGUUGUGGUAGUCCAGCUUAUGCAGCUCCAGAACUGGUGUCUGGCAAAGAGUACCUAGGAUCUGAGGCUGAUCUUUGGAGUAUGGGAAUCCUGUUGUAUGCGCUACUGUGUGGUUAUCUCCCCUUUGAUGACGAGAAGAUACCACAGCUGUACAGAAAAAUACAGAGUGGGAAGUAUGACUCGCCGUCCUGGCUGUCCGAUGAGAGUAAGGACCUGAUAGCAAUGAUGCUGAAGGUGGACCCUAAGAGGAGGAUCACUAUACAACAACUUAUUAAACAUCCCUGGCUGACUAAGAGUUUCAACAUACCAGUGGAAUGGCAGAGUAAAUACAAAAGAAAAUUAUUAGACGAUGACUGCAUAACAGAAUUAGCGGUCCAUUAUGGUAAAACAAAGAAGGAAAUGGAAAGUACAGUAUCAGAGUGGAAAUAUGACUACCUGACUGCCACCUACUUCCUCUUGUUUGAGAAGAAACUGAAGGGCCGGCCAGUCCGCCUCUUCCAGAAGAACCGAUCCCAGUCGCAUGAGGACACGCCUGGGAAGAAUAGAGCACGAAGUCUGAGUGCAGAUCCUAAGGGACACAUUGAUGCGUCGCCACGAAUGGUGUUGACUCCCAAAGAAAGACAAUCCCAACAACAAAACUGUGAUCUAGGUCCUAGACCGACUCCGUAUGGUUGUGAGGAAAGGGGGCGGCCACGAGCGAGAGAACGACUCAAGUUUGAAGCAAAGGAUGAAGACAAGGAGAAUUCUCCAAUGGACGAUAAGGGAGACUUUCUCGUCCCUCAAACUCCAAGCUACAGGACCCCCAAGCCCAAGUCUGUGAUAAAGACUCCGAAGGAGAUGAUUCUUGAGCCUCCGCCCAAGCCGAGGUCGCCGCUCAUGGCUAAACAACUACCUACAGCUAUAGACGAUUCCUUAUGUACUCCUGGGAGAAAAUCUGAUAUUUCCUAUCUGAACUCUACACUCUCUCCAUCUCGUUCCUACGAUUCUCAACUCAAUAACCUUCCCAAGGAUGAGCCCCUUAGUGCCAGCAAAAAACAUGUGGAUAACUAUAACAGGGCUUCGUCUGUGGACGAGGGUUUGCAGCGCGGAAUGGAACCCGACACACCUGGAUCGGCCACCAAGACCAGAAAGGGCUCCGUCUUCGGAAGUCUGGAGCGUGUGUUCAACAUGCUGACUCCAAAGAAACAGAGAGGAUCUACAGGGGAGGGACCAAGGAAAGUCAAGGCACUGCACAACGUAUACAGAACAAGUGAGUUCAGCCCAGACCUGGUGCUGUCACGAUUGAAGGGGGUCAUUGAAAAGAAGUUCAUACCAUACAAACAGAGCGACUACACCCUACGAUGUACUGUGACUGACGACUGGGGGAAGGUCAAGCUUGCAUUUGAUAUGGAGGUGUGUGCCAUUCCAAAGAUGCCAUAUAUAGGAGUGUGUCGAAAGAGGGUGAAGGGUGACACAUGGCAUUACAAGAAACUUUGUGAAGAUAUUCUUGCUUCUACAAGACUAACGUAGCCGUGAUGAUGCUCUACUGUAUUGAUUGCCCUAGCUAGCUCCAUUAGGAUGUUGGGUGGAGUGCUGAAAGGGCCGGGUGCUAAACAAUGGCAGUCAGUGUGUGCAAGUUGUGAUAUAUGCCCUUAUAACCAAAAAGGCGUUUGUACUAGUAUAGAAAUAUGGAUCCUUUCUUCAACAGGUGUGCCAACCCUGGGACAAUUAUGUAUAUUAUUAAGUUGUACAGAGUAUAAGAGUUUGUCAGCUAUUUAUCCGAACUCAUUUUAUGUAUAUUUUUUAUUGACAUUUGGAUUAAGUCUUUCAUUGUGAAUGAUUCUUGUGUUUUUCCAACAAUUCAUAUGUUGACUCACGCUGUUAUUUCUAGGGAUAUCAACAUUUUAUUAUUACAAAUAUGAAAUAGGAUCACAGUACAUCAAGUUGUUAACAAAUGAAGAUGUUUUUUAAAAUGCAUAAUUGAAAAUUUCUGAAGCAUAUAAUUCAAGCAUGUAGCAGAAUUUUGAAAAAAAAACCUACAAACUGAUCCUUUCUUUUGAUAAGUUUUAAGAAAUUUCAAUUAGGAUUAUGACUCUUUAAAAGAUAACAGUCAGUGUUUUUGUAAAUGGAUCUGUUCUGUGUCUGACAGUCAUAAAUCAAGAUGUGCCACCAGUUUUAUGGCAGUCUCGGAGAAUUGUAAACCAUCAUUACAGAAAUCGCAUAGUAAGCAAUAUGGACACAAAGGGAUAAAUUAUAUAUCUAGCAUUUCUUUAGUUAAGGAAAAUGGUUCUGUGAAAUGCUAUAACAUCAUGAAAAUCACUUUCUGCAACUUCAAAUAAAUCUAUUGUAUUUUUAUUUUUUUCCAAAAGUCCCAUUUAUGAAUCAGUUUUCUUCAACAUGAAAUAAAUCUUUUAAUAUUUUAAAGAAAAUGACUUUCUUGUGCUCUCCAUGUUGUAGAAAUCCCACUUGCUCUUCUUUGCUGUCGAUCAUAUUUUCCAUGUCUGUCAAACCAUUUGACAAACACACCUCAUUUUUAUCACUCUGUACCUCUCUUCUCCUCUGCAGAUGCUCUGUAUUUUUAAUACUUAUUUAUUUUUCUUAUGUUGAAAAGUUUGUCAAAGAUGUAUGUUUUUGCCAAUUUAAUAUAUCUCCCGUCUCAGAAGCACUGGUGCAUAUUAAAGAGGAUCUGAAAUAGGUUUUAUAUCAUAUUUUGGACUAUGAAGCAAUUGUAGAAGUUGUAAUUUUGUCUCCACCAGAAGCAAAUUAAUAAGAAAAAAUGUUUUGGGUAAAAACCAUGACUUUUAUUAUCAGAAAGAAUUUACGAAGAUUUGUUGCUACGUAAGCUCCUGUUUCAUGCAAAAUUAAUGAAACAAUUCUUAGAAUUUUGGAUUGGGUGAGAAUUUCCAACAGCCUUUUUUUUCUCCUGCAAAAGAGGUCAUCUUGUUCCAAGUUGAAAUAAAAUAAUGAGGAAAAGUUUGUUUUUUUGGUAAAAACCAUGAGUUUAAAAAAAAGCAAAAGACAACCGUAGGGAAAUGGCCUGCAGUCAUUUCCUUGUGGACCAAAUGUUUCCACUCAAGUUUGUGUUUGAUUCAUUGGACUAUUUUUCUCAUGAAAUCAGCAAAUUAUCUCGUCAUCAAAAAAAUAUGGCAACCAAAGUUCAUGUACAGUUACCCUACUUGACCUUGUAACAAUGUGUUAGAUUGACACUGCCAUAUUCUCAUAAUCUGCUGAAUCAGCCAACUUCAUACCGACAUUAUAUUAGGGAAUUGUUUUUAAUGCAAACAUGCUCAUGUUAAAUGGUUGUAUCAUUAAAUUCUGAGUAAGGAGAGGAAUAAGGGUAGCAUAGACUAAUUAUGUUUAACAAAUUUUAAAAUUUAAAGAUUUUUAAAAGAAUAAUCAGUAAAUUUUAUAUUUAUGAAAUUCUUACUCAGUGGUUUGUGUAAUUUUAAGUCAUAUAUUCUUUUUUUAUUUUAUUUUAUGUGUACUUUCUAGAACCAUAGUCAUGGAUGAGCUUACACCAUGGUCGUUGUUUAAAUUCCUGAUCAACUCGACAGUAAUCUGAUACAAAUUCAAACCUCUUCGCUACUAAUAAGUUGAGCAGUUUUUGUUUUGUUUUUUUGUAUAUAUUUUUUUGUAGGUGGUGAGGGGGGCUCAGUUUACGGUCUUAAAUUAUUAUAUCUCAAUUUAUUUACACUAUUUAUAUCUUUCUUUUCAAAUACCAGAUUAAAAAUGAUCCAGAGACUGUCAAGUUGCUCAGUGAUUUGAACAAUAUUGUCCACUCUAUCAACGCUUUGUUGGUGUUACAAGUCCGGCCAAGUGCUUUGUAUAGGUAUCAACUCUGAUAACCAUUUUUUAAGUGAUCAGAUUGUUGUGAUAAAGAAUGUAAAAAUAAAUUAUACUAUCACGAA